ACCAUAUCAUCAUGGUCAGUAUGACAACGGUCUUCCUCUUGCUGCACUCAGUUUCAUUUGCUCGGCCCAAUGGUUGGGCUAGAAGAUUCAAUUAAAUUACUAUUACGACCUUCAGAUGAGAUCAAGUUUGUUUUGGAAUGCUUUUCGCUCUCUUCUUCUAAUGACGAUGCGAGCCAAAAUGGAAGCAAAGGUCACCCAAACCUACAACGCCAGAGGAUUGUCGUAGUUAUAACACAUAAAGAGGAAAAUCAUGGAUGGGAGGAAGGAAGUGUAUUCGUGCUGAAGCGCAAACUCUUUUCAUCCUCAACGAGCGAUCAAUUGGAAAUACAUCGGGUGUUUCCAGUAUAUGGGGAGUUUACUAUCACCAUGGCUCAACUGCCGCAAGACUCCAAUAAUCCUCAGGUCACUGACCUUCCCCGAUCCCGCUUUAAAGUAACCAUUGACUCUGGCCAAACCCUUGUUGGUAGCGAGCCAUUGGAUCUAGCAACAGACAAUAUAUCAGCUUUGAAGGAUGUCCUUGCUGAAUGUAGGCGGCUCAAAGAACUCUCAGAAAUUGUCCCGGAAGUGAAUUCGCCAACCCAAACAUAUUCAUGGCUAGCAUCCUACGCCACGAAUAACAACAUCUUCAUACCAUCUUUGCCGUCGUCUUUCCCCGAUUUGCGAGAUUUGAAUCAGCCUCUUUCCAGUCGUCUUUCACUAGCCAGUGCGGGAACACCAGGCGACGAUUUAAAUGAUAUUGUAUUAAUCAGAGACGAAUGGGCACAUUCAAGAGCGCGAAAUCAAUGCAGAAGAGGAAGUGUGAGAUUAAAUCUUCGCCUAGGCACAUUCAAUGUCAACGGAAAGAUGCCGACGCAAGAUUUGGCUGCUUGGGUUAGAGGGGGUACCACGACCGCGAGAAUAGAAAGCUCGAAUGACUUCCUGCCUGCUGUGAAGGCGAUCUCGCCUUUAUCCUUGGGUGAGGUAGUGAAAGAUCCUUUCGACUCGCAGCGUGACGGAGAAGCUACUCGUUCGAAUGUCAAAUCAACCUCCGCCUUUUCUACAACGUCAUACUCAUCUACAGCAUCGACCGGUGCGCUGCGCGAUCCAUCUACUGCUUCCACAUUUUCAGUCGCCCAACCCAAUCACACGGCGUUCACACCUCUUUCAUCGACUGUUACUAGUAAUGCACCAGCCACUUCUUCCAUAUCCUCUUCGGACCCUUCAGAAACAUUUGUGUCUACCAUCCCCGAGUCACCAGAAGUCCCAACUAUCCCUAUCAGCAAAAACUCAGAUCCGACUGGAUCUGAACCGGAUUUCGAUAUCUUGGUGUUAGGUUUCGAAGAACUUGAUUUAUCUACCGAAGCACUCUUGUAUUCGACGUCCACAGCGAGAGAGGACGCAUGGACUGUAGCCGUGUUCGCAGCUCUGGGCGAAAAAGCAGAAAUGUACGAAAAGCUCGCCUCGAAACAACUUGUCGGCAUGCUUGUCAUGGUUAUUGUGAAGAAAUCUCUACGAUCAUGUUUUUCAAAUAUCAUGACUACGUCUGUUGGAGCAGGGAUACUGGGACUUAUGGGGAACAAAGGAGGGACUGCUGUUCGUUUGACUUUCUCGCCACCGACAUCAAGUCUCGAAGAUCUUGAUUCUGCGUUGAACGAUGCCACAUCCAUUGAACAUUUUCAGCACGGAAUUGAAAACCCUGGACCUACUGUCUUGACUUUUGUUGUCUCUCACUUGGCUGCUUUCGAUGAAAUGGUUGCAAAAAGAAAUACAGAUUUUCAUGAAUUAUCGAAGCGAUUAGUGUUUGAUUCGAGUAUUUUAGCUACUUCAGCUUCAGCAGGCUCCGUAUCAACUACUAAUAGUAGUCAAAGGAACAGUGUUGGUCCCGUGUCAAGCCAAGCUGUUGAAGAUACUAGUUCGGCAAUGCCAGGUGGACUAGCCGUAUCGCAGGCUUUGAUCUCAGUUCCAGAGAAGUUUGGAGUCUUUGAAAGUGACAUCUUGUUCUGGAUAGUAAAUUUAAACUAUCGUAUCAAUAUUUCCGAUGCAGAUGUAAGGGAACUCUUGAGUUCUGAAAGUUGGAAGGACAAGCUUGAGAUAUUGACUCACUUUGAUCAGCUCAAGACGAGCAUCAGAGAAAAGAAAGCCUUUGAAAUUUUUCAUGAGCAUGACAUUCAUCAUCUCCCUACAUACCGCUUCGGUGGCGGGAUCGCUACCGAUUCGCUGGGAUACGACGUCAAGCGCAAGCCAGCGUGGACGGACCGUAUCUUGCAUGCUUACUCUCCCUUAACCACUAAAGUGAAUCAGUCUUCGUAUUCCGGUCACCCAGAAAUCACGAUCAGUGACCAUCGACCAGUCUCAGCAGAUUUCCAAGUAGAUGUUGAUCUCUUUGAUAAAGACCAAUUGCAUGCUACUGCGACUAAUCUAUUCCGACAAGUGCAAGGCUUGGAGGAUCUGCAGGAGAGAGCAAAAGCCAAGCUUAGUCAUACGUCAAUUGAUAUGGGUGACAUCUGCUAUAAGCGUAAAAAGACAGCAAGUUUUACGUUCCAAAAUUAUGGAAAAGUUCCACUUUCAUUUCGCUUUUUGCCAAUAGAGAUGCACGGUGAACUGUUUCCGUCAUGGUUGUCAGCAUCCCAUACUACGGGCUCGUUGUUACCAAAUGAGCGCAUCGAAAUCGUGCUUACAGUGUUUGUCGAUAACGCGAUCGCCUCCCGACUCAAUUUAGGACCAAGAGACCUCAACUGCACGCUGAUCAUUCAUACUUUGAUGGGCAAAGAUCAUUUCGUUGCAGUUACCGCUAAAUACCAAUACACCUGCUUUGCCAACAAACUGUCACGUCUCACCCAGCUUCCGGGUCCGAUACGCGCAAUGAAAUCACACAAUGAUCUUCUGGGUGAAAGUAAAGCUAUCAAUGCACCAAGGGAAAUCGUGAGACUAGUUAACUGGUUAAUGAGUUGUGUCCAUCCCACAGAGGAUUUAUUCAUUGCAAAAGCAGACCCAGAAAUUGUUGAUGACAUUCGCGAGCAUCUGGAUACCGGCAAUGAAUUUCCAUAUUCGCAUGACACAAGAGAACCUUCAAUCCCGAUUGCAUUCGGAGGCGCGUUGGUGGAACUCUUGACAUCAUUGCCCGAAUACGUGGUACCCAAGGAGUUGCAUGGAAGAUGCGUGGCGGUCACAGAUCGCGACGAAGCGUUUGAGACACUGGAUGCGUUCCCACCGGAAGCAGUGAAUGUUUGGAUAUCCGUGACGGCCUUCUUGCAUUAUGUUGUCCAAGGUUCUUCCCUUCGCGCAGAGAAAAUUGCGGCUACAUUUGCACCGGUCUUCUUUGGCUUUCUUCGCGAUGACUUGACAUCUACGUCCGAUAACACAACUGCCAGCGUUAUCACUCCUCUGGGUUACCAGAAAUUCAUCAUGUAUUUUAUCCAGUAA